GCGUGGUGGAGAUCGAUAGUGUUCAAGAGACUUUAACCGUUCUCAUGUCAUGUACUGGUCCAGCAGCCUGUUGAUGUGGAUGUGACUGCCAUCACUUUUCCUCGUGGAGGUUCUAUCUAUAUCAGGAUUGUCUCCCCUCCGUAGCGUCAUGUCGUCCUCCUCCCCCUCCUCCUCCCAGUGUGGACCACAGACAGGCGCAGGUUGGUGUUCGCCGUCGCCGUGGAGGCAGACAACAGCGGCAUCAUGUCUCCGCGUCAGCCGGCCCGCCGCCCUCUGUUGACGGCCAAAACACACAGGAGAGACAGUGCUGUGGAUCCCUGAUCCAGCUGUUCAGCCACCAUGCAGUGUUCCUGGAAAUCCAUGGUGCUGCUAGCUUUAGCCUCCAUUGCCAUCCAGUAUACGGCCAUCCGCACUUUUUCCACCAAGCCCUUUAGCCUGUUGUGCUCUGUGGGCCUGGCACCCACGGGUCACGCUGUCAACUGCAGUCUCAAAGAUCUGACACGUUUGGGACAGGAGACACCCGAGGGCUCAGACCGAGGAUGUGAUGAGGUCUCCUCCCACACCCCGUCCUCCUACUCCUUCUCCCUCCCAUCCUACAAUGCCAGCAAGAGGACACACAUCCUCAUUCUGGCCACCACCCGGAGUGGAUCUUCCUUUGUGGGCCAGCUGUUCAACCAGCAUCCAGAGGUCUUCUACCUGUUUGAGCCUCUGUACCACGUCCAGUUGGCGUUGCUUCCCCGGCUUGCACAGAGUCGGAACCUGGCUGAGAGGAGGGUGAUGCUCGGAGCAGCCAGAGACCUGCUGAGGUCCCUGUAUCACUGUCACCUCAGCAGUCUGGAGAGCUACAUACGACCCCGUCCGGUCAACCACUCCACUGACAAGCUGUUCAGACGAGGAGCUAGCCGGUCCCUGUGCUCCCUUCCUGUAUGUCAGGCUCCUCUGAGCUCGGAGGAGCAGAACCUGGUGCUGGCUGAUGAAGGGGAGUGUGUGAGGAGAUGUGGGCCACUCAAUGUGUCACUGGCUACUGAUGCCUGCAGAGCAAAGCGCCAUGCAGCCAUCAAGACAGUCCGGAUUCCCCAAAUCAGUGACCUUAGAGCGCUGAUUGAAGACCCACGACUCAACCUGAAGGUGGUCCAGCUUGUUCGAGAUCCACGCGGUAUCCUGGCGUCUCGUAUUGAGACAUUUCGAGACACUUACCGGCUGUGGCGUCUGUGGAGAGCGACUGGGCAUCGACCCCACAACCUGGACCUGGGACAGAUUAACACAGUAUGUGAGGACUUUCUCAGGUCUGUGUCUGUCGGCCUGGCCAGACCCGCCUGGCUUAGAGGGCGGUACAAGCUGCUCAGGUAUGAGGACUUAGCCAGGUUUCCUCUCCAGAAGACCAGAGAGCUGUACAGUUUCCUAGGUCUGGUUCUGGACCACAGUGUGGAAGACUGGAUCAUCAACAACACCCGCGGCAGCAGUGAUCUAUCAUCCCGGCAGAAGUUUACCACAGUGCGGGACUCUGCUGCUAAUGCAGAGAACUGGAGGGUGAAGCUGUCCUUCGACAUGGUGGUUUACACUCAAACUGUCUGCCAACCAGUUCUGGAGCUCCUGGGAUACAAAACAGUGUUCCAUCCAAGAGAACUGAGGAACCUCUCACACUCUUUGGUUGAGGACAGGACGUUCCUCCCAUUUUUCUAAACUGAUAACAAAAAAACAAGACAGAACUGUAGGUGAUAGAGCAGAGAUUUGGCUGAUGUGGAUAUUCUCACUCUGUCUGUGCUGGAGGAAGGAUUCUGUCCUUAUCAAUGUUACCUUGGGUUGUUAGGCAACCUUGUAUUUAUUUAUUCAUUUAUUUAUCCCUUGAGCAAAUCAACUACCUCAGUUCCAGCCCUUCUUCUCCUUCAGUACAAUGUAACAUAUUCAAGCUACUUCAUGGUAAAUCAAACUUUACAGUUAAUUAUAUUGAAACUACUGUAUGCAGAUUUAAAGAUGAGCCAAAACAUUUUGACCUCACAGAUAAAGUAACAUUGAUUACCUCGUAACAAAAGCAGAUGUCAAGAUCUGAGAUAUGUUAAUGGGUAAAUGAACAGUCAGUUCUCGUAUAAGUGUGCUGGAUGUGGGAGAAAAGGGCAGUUAAGACCUGAGUGACUUUGACAAGAGUCAAAUGGUUAUGGCCAGACUACUGGGUCAGAGAAUCUCAGAAAUUGCAAGGCUUGUGGGCUGCUCCUGGUCAGAAGUGGAAAGUUCCUAUUGACAGUGGUCUGAGGAAGAAGAUGAUACAAGGAGGGACAAACUACAAACUGAUGCACCACAAAGGUUAGUGUGUCUCAUCCAAACCAAGAGAAGGGUUACCAGUGCAGGAGAAAAAUGCAAUAAUUUCCUUAAAAUGUGGAUCCAAGCACCAAAAUUGGUAUGUUUAUCCCCCUGAGGCCAUUAAUUUGAAAAUACCCAUUAGCCACUUUUUUCACAAAUUUCAAGAUGGCUGCCAAUUCUGGCAUGGGAAACAUAUUUUACCACAGAACUUUAUCCACG